AAAUACUAUAUAUAAAAUGAAAUCUGUCAUGGACGAUUAUAUUUUUUUGAAUAGGAUAUAUAAACAAUAUGAAACAUAAAUUUUCUGAUAGUUGAUACACGUUGAAAUGUACACACUUUUACAUGGAUUGUACAAGUAUCUUGUGCAAAAGGAUGAAUUCUUUAUACUGAUAUUAGGGCUCGACAAUGCAGGGAAAACGACUUAUUUGGAAGCGGCAAAAACAAAAUUUACGAAAAAUUACAAAGGUAUGAAUCCUAGUAAAAUUACUACAACUGUUGGUUUAAAUAUUGGAAAAAUUGACAUAGCUGGUGUUCGUUUCAACUUUUGGGAUCUUGGUGGACAAGAAGAACUUCGAUCGCUGUGGGAUAAAGUAAGUUAUAAUUUAAUAUAUGAAUGUAUUAUUGUACAAAUCAUAUUGUAUUUGCAGUAUUAUGCAGAAUCACAUGCUGUGAUUUACAUAGUAGACUCAUCGGAUCGUGAAAAAAUACCUGAAUCUAAAGAAACUUUUGAUAGAGUUAUAUCAUCAGAACAUUUAAUAGGUGUACCACUUUUAGUCCUUGCAAAUAAACAGGAUGUACCUGAUUGUAUGGGUGUUAGAGAAGUAAAACCAAUUUUUAAUCAAAAUGCACAUCUAAUAGGUAGAAGAGAUUGCAUGGUAAUGCCUGUCUCUGCAUUAAAUGGGGAUGGCAUAGAUGAAGGAAUUCAUUGGCUUGUGGAUUGUGUCAAGAGAAACAAUGAUGUUCGUCCUCCUCGUAAUCAGAAUGACAGUUGUCUAUCUUAGCAAUACAUUCCUGU